AUGGGGAGGUUGGGAUUCAACUUGAAUAUCAAAUCAAAAGAUACAAAGGUACAUUGCAUUGCAUUGGAUGAAGGACAUAGGAUGUGUCUGAACUACUGCAGACCUACAGAUAUUCAUUUCAUCAAUGAUGUUAAGGCGAUAAGAACGAUUACUAACUAUGCUAAUGAUGCUAAGAUAUAUACUUCCUCAUGGUAUUUACAGCGAUACGUGGAGCCGCAUUGGAAGAUACUUGAAAGAGAUCGGCUACCUCCAUAUGACGUGUUUGUCAUCUCUUCAUACUAUUACAAUACUUCGAAAAGCUUGGGAGAUCACAGUAUCGCCUUAGUUCUAACAGGACCUCAUGAUUAUGCUGACAACUUGCGACAAAUUUCAAUUCUAUCAUGGAACGGGACAGACAGUCUUUACAGCACUGUUGAUAUUGAAUCAAUUACUCCACAUAAGGUUUGUUUGUGGAUUUCUAUGUUAGUAACUGCUCCAGUUCUACCAAACUUGAAGCAUUUGGCAAUCAUCCAAGGAGAGCGCACAAGCCAGAUUCCUUUUACUACGCCUAACUAUAUGAGACGAGAAGUAGUCACAUGCAUUGCUCCCCUCUUUGCUAAUGAGCAAUGGCAAUUCUUCUUGUUCGCUGUUCAUACAUAUCGACGGUAUGGCUCAUUUAUGCAUCUGUAUGUAAGAAGUAUGGUUGAACCUGUUUAUCGUCUAGUCUUGGAGUAUGAGAAGCUGGGCUAUCUACAGCUUCAACCAUGGUUGAAGGUUCACCUUAGCCGCAUCGAUCCUUCUCAUAAUCUGUUCAACCCUAACGUCAAUAUUGAAUUCAGAAAUCAAGCUGCAGCUCAAACUGACUGUUUAUUGCAAUAUAAGGAGAGUGCUCAGUUUAUCGCUUUCAUGGAUUUGGACGAUGUUCUGAUUCCCCGCAUUGGAUCAACUUAUCUGGAAGAAUUCAACAAGCUAUUCAACCAAAGCCCUCAUAUAGGUUACAUCUUCUAUGAUAAGCAGAAUGUGAAUGUUCGGAUACAACGUUCACCUGAGAAAUUUUCUCUCAAACAGAUGUUCACUUCUAUAAGUUUCACUGACGUCAGCGAAACCGGCAAGAUGAUCACUCGUCCUGAGUUCAUUAACUCAACAUGGAUCCACUGGCCCGCUAAAGUAGCUGAAGACAGAAUUCGGUAUAAUGUGCCUCCAGAAAUGAAUGUCAUAACUCACCUGAAGCAUUUCCACUAUGAAAGUCAACCAACAAUCGAAGACAUUGAGGCUCCAAGAUAUAACAUCACACCGAAGAACACAAACGAGAAUCUCUUAUCACGAUCAGCUAUAGCUGGCAUGCAGGAAGAGCUUGAGAUUAUGUUCACUCUACCAGCAAUUAAAAGGAUAUUGAAGAGGCUGCCAAUGAAAUGGUUCUACUUCGAUAUAAUUCUUGAAUGCUAUACAAGGAUAUUUUACCGGUUUCACUAUUCUGGAAAUCAUGCUGCUAUGAAAUGCCCUGGACCAGAUAGAUGUUCACUACCGAAACACUCGAACAUUAGUUGCGCUAAUGCUCAUGCUAGCUACUACUCAGCCUCCAGACCCGGAACCUUAGUUAACUUUCAUUACUGGAAGGAUGCUCGAUUCAUGGUUGAGGAAGAUUGCGUGAGCUAG